AUGAACAACGUCUCGCCGUCGUCGGCCGGCAAAGAAGGCGUGGAGAACUACGUGAUCGGGAUUUCGGCGGUUUUGGCGACGUGCGUCACCGCCGGCUUUGCGGGUUCUCCAGCCUUUUUAUCAUUUUUUUUUCGCAUCUUGUUUUUGUUUUCAGAUUCAUUUAUUCUUUUGAAAUAGAAGAAUUUAGAAUUUCAUAGAGAAGGUUAGGAUUGAAAUUGAAGACGUAUUCGAAAAAUUCUUCAAAAAAAAAGUGGUUCUUGUUAAAUUUUGACAUUUUUUAACAUUUUAAAUAUUGAUUCUAUCGUAGGAAUAGCUAGAAAAGAGUUUUAUGGAAUUAUUUAAUAAGAAGCCCUCAAAAGUACUACUGGUCAUAGGUAAAGUCGGAAAGGGUGGAAAAAAGCUUCGAAAAUGCUCCUUGUUGCUGCCUUUUUCCGCCAAUUUCUCGGCCUUUUUGCACCAUUUUUGCUGUCUCUCCCUUUUUUUUCACUAUUUAUUGAGUCCUUUUGAAUUCUGGGAUAAAUGGAAGGCUCGAUAAAGGGAAUCGUUUUCCUGCCUUUUUAAUGCCAUUUUGCUGCCUUUUUGCGGCUUUUUUUUGAGCCUUUUUGCUGUCUUUCUGCGACCUUUUUUGAGCCUUUUUGCUGCCUUUCUGCGACCUUUUUGCGACCUUUUUGCGGCCUUUUUGCGACCUUUUUGCGAUCUUUUUUGAGCCUCUCCCUUUUAGCGGCCAUUAUCCACCAUUCCGAGUAGAGAAGUUGGAAAACAGCGGCUUCAAAAGUAGUAGUUUUUUUCGUAACUAUAGUUAGAAAAUGGAGCCAAGACAUUCCUGGAUAACAAAUAUUAUUCGAAAUCUCGUCUCGAGGUAGGAAUUUUCCCGCGAGACAUAAUCCCUUUUUUCGAAACAAAAAUGUCGACUUUUAGGUCAAAGUCGCGAUUUUUUGAGCUUUUUUCCCGAAAUAUCUCGAUCUUGAUCUCAUAUCGAUUCUAAAAAAAAAGCCCGUCUCGAACGGCCCAGCUUCUAAGAUAGAUUUUUACGCCUUUUUUCUCAAUGAAGCGUCAUUUAUUAUUUCAGGAAAAUAGCGAGAGAAAAGGUUUAUAAAAAAGUGCUUGAAAUAAGAAGGCCAAGAAUGUAGGUAUUUUUGUGGUAUUUCGAAUUUUUCCACAAUUUAAAAUCCUGAAAGAAAAAAAUAAGAAUUAAAUUUAUUUUGUUAUUUUUGAGGAGGUUAAAAAACUGAUUUUAAGGACCAAUUUUAUGAAUUCCCUGGUUGAGAAAAGCGUUAAACUCGAACUCUUUGAAGCCACCAAAAAAAGUUAUUGUCUAAUAUUGCUCAUAUUGGCACGUGAUUUCUAUGAAUAACCAUUUAUUUCUCUUUUCAUUUCAUUAGAAAUUUUACCGAUGAGAGAAACUUCUCUGCAAAAACUUUGAACUCUAACUUUUAGCUUAAUAUUUUCAUUUUCAGGAGUUUACUUCGAGAAAAUGCUCAAAGACGGCGGCUCGACCCCUUUUUGGGUCCGCAACAUGCAAAUGUACAGCUGUGGGGUUGUGAGUUUCCUUUUUUUGAGUUUUUGAAAAAAAUGCAAUCCACAAAUUCAUUGUUUUUUCUAUUGUUCAAUGACUGAAACGAUCCAACUUUAUUCUGAAGGUGAGCGCCGCCUUGGCUUGCAUGAUGGAGAGCGACGAUAUCGCUGUCCGAGGCUUCUUCCAUGGCUACGAUGAGAAAGUCUUCGCCAUCGUUGGUUAGUUUGAGAAAGUUCGCUCCUUUAAUAAUGUUAAAAAAAAAUUUUUUUUAAUUUCGGACAUUGGUAACGCGAACGGGACGCGAAUCCGACGUGUCGUGGCGAUUCUAGUGACCACUUUAGUAGCCUCAGCACCCUUAAGUGAUCCCUAGAAUCGCCCAGAAACGUCCGAUUCGCGUCCCGUUCGCCUUACCAAGGUCCGAGCUGAUUUGGCUCGGAAAAGUCGCAUUUUGAAGCUUCUGGAUGAAGAAAGUUUAGUUCACUGUUUCAAAAAAUCAUAAAGUUAAGAUUUUCUUUUUGAAAGUUACUCAAUAGCUCAUCUCCAAAAAAAUAUUAACGAAUAUUGCUCAUGUUUGCUCAGAAUUCAUAUGAAUUUCUAUAGGAAGCCAUUGGUAAAACCAAUAAAGAAAAUCAAAUUCUUUGAAUCCAACGAAAAAAGAACUGCUAUUGCUCAUUUUUGCACAAGAUUUCUAUUAAUAGCAAUUUAUUCUUCAUUUUUGGAACAGUACUGAUAGAGGAAUACCUAUAAGCAAUUUGUAUUGAACCAGCUUUGUUCUUGGACUUCAAUGCGAAGAACUCCGAAAUCAACUCAUAUUGCUCAUGUUUGCUCAGGAUUACUUUGAAUAACCAUUUAUUCCUCCUCUUGAAAGUUAAUUACAAUAACAAAAACCUGAUUUCCCAUACUUGAAGCCUGCAUUGCUCAUUUUUGCUCAGGGUUCCUCUCGCUGGGCGGAGUCUACAUCUCGCUGGUGAUGAAGCACCUCGACAACCUCCACAAAUCCUUCGCCUCGGCCUUCUCCAUCGUCAUCGUCGUCGUCGUCUCCCUCUUCAUCUUCCCCGACGUCUUCAUUGGCGCAUACUUCGUCCUUGGCGCGUUUCUCGUCAUUUCUGCCAUCCUACUGUACAAUUCCGUCCCUGAAUAGACCUUGGAAACAUUUUUCGUAAAAUCACUAGGAUCUUUGAUUUUUCACACAAGCAGUUAUUUCUUGGACGUGUGAUUUUUAAUCUCGAUUUUUAGCCUUUUUUCACUUAAGAGGUCACUUUGGGGCUCUUGAAAGUUUCUGGAGCUUUGAAAUCUUUCAAGGAACUUCUUAGGUUUCAAAAUCUUAGGCGAUUUUCGCAAAAAAAAACCCCUUCAGAUAUCGCGUUGAGUUAUUUUAACUCGAGGGAUCACUUGCUUAAUGAAAUUAUCAGAUUUUCACUUAAGGGAUCACUGAGAGAUUUUCGCUUGUCGAAAUCAAAAUUUUGAUUUUAUCACUUAAGUGGUUACUUGAAAGCCAGUUUUGGCCAUUUAAGGUACUACUUCUUAACAGGUUUUCUCACAAACUUUUUUUUUCUUGAGUGACCACUUGACCCUAAUUUUCAAACCCUGAAGUGACCUCUUAAAGUCCAAUUUUUCUCAAUUUGGCUUUAUAACCCGAUCCUUAAUUCUUAAUUAUUUGUGUAUUCCAAUUCCUUUCAAAACAAUUUAUUGCUCAUUUUAAGAGAAACAAUAUUCAUUAAUUGAAUAUGGGCGGAGCUUAAUAUUUGUAGAUUUUUAAAUGCAAUCUCUUUUUUUUUCUAUUGAAACAAUGUUAAACGUGUUUUUCUUUUUCUGAUUCUCCUCGAUUUCAAUGAUGUUUCAGUUAAAAUUAGUCAUUUUUAUGUGCUUUACUUAUUUCUUCCAAUACUUGUAGCCUUAAAUUCGCUUAUUUCCGCUUCUUCUUGCCUUCAUAGAGUUUUAUCGCAUUUCUGAACAUAAAUUGCUUUUUUUAACAAAAAUUUUUUAUUCUAUGAUGUUUAUCAUGAAAAAAGCUCGAUUAAUCAUUUCUUUUCACCAAAUUCAAACCCAUUUUGCAGAAAACUUUAAAUGGAAACCCUUUUUGAAAGCCUUCAUUUAAAAUAUUUGGUGGUACGGUAUUGUGAAGGGCCGUGUGCACCGCGUCAUCGCGGAAAAUACGCCUGUCCUCACGCGCACUUUUCGUCGGUUUACUAGAUAAUUUAAUUUUUUUGUGAACCGACUUCGUGUCAUAGAUUUUUUAAUCUAGAUUUUCAACCUUUACAAAAGUUUUUGCCAAUUUUACGUCGAAAAAAAGCCGCGUUCAAAGUGAUUUUUCUGAAAAAGAAAAAGAAAUUGUUUUUUUGUAUAGAAUGAAGAUAAUUUCAUUUUGUGCUUGUAAAUCUGUACAUAAUUGAGAAUACCAAAAAUGAAAAGAAAAAAUGAGCCCAAAGCCUUUUCGCUUAUUUUGAUGCGAAUUUUUCAUCUUUGGCCAUGAGGUUCUUCUUUGCUCACUCCCAAUCAAGGGGACUGGUCGUAUUACGGUUGUAAAAUAAAGGCUUUCGGUUAUUAAAUGGAGAUUUUUUUACUCUUUGAUACAUCAUUUUUUUUUACUUCAAUGAACAAGUUCCAUAAAAUUGCAUAACAGAAGCGAAAAAUUUUCUGGAUUUGGAACAUACGACCCAUAUUGAGCGGUUAUCUUUGAAUUUCCUCAGAAAAUGCGUGAAAUACGAAAUUACCUAUCAUUUCAUUCGCUCAAGGUGAUUGGUUUGCAAGGUGUCAAGUGCUGACUUUGCGCCACGCCGACCAGCUGGGGGUAUAGCUCAGUGGUAGAGCGCUCCCUUAGCAUGGGAGAGGGCUGGGGUUCAAUUCCCCAUACCUCCAUAACGUUUUUGCAUUUAUUUCUGUCAGUGGGCCUUGGACGCUAGAAUUCGAAAAAAGAUUUCAUCUUUUUUUUUUGGCGAAUCAAUUAGUUCUGUUUCCUAUCGGAAUCAAUAAAGUUAGAUAUAAGUGUUGAAUGGGCUCGUUAAGUAAAAAAAGGACGUGAGAAUGUCGUUACAGAAACACGACGAUUUGAUGUUGAAUUUAUUGAAUUUUAUUUCAUUUAUGUUGUUGAACUACCCAGAUCCGUUUCUCAUUCAAAGAGAAUAAAGUGAAAGAUGAUUAUUUUCUGUUUUUGGUGAAUAGAGUGUCAAAAAAAAUUCAAACCUUUAAAAUAUCAAGCGCCAAAGUUUUUGACCUCUACCGUAUCCUUGGCGAGUUCUGACCGAGUUCGGUCGCGCUAAAACAAUGUCAUCAUUUUUGACGUCAUCCGAUCGAUUUCUUCUAGUUUUUUGUACUUUUUUCGAAUUUCUUGACGUAAUUUGUGCUUUUAAUGGACUUUCGAUUUUCCUGAGCUCAGUUUAAAAAAGGUUAUGCUCAAAAAAGUUAUUUAGAUAUCUGUAUCCACAAACUUUGAUUUUGUAAUGAAAUUUCUCGUUUUAUUCGCGUUCUCGGCUCUUUUUUUGUAUUCAGAAUUGUUUUUCAGGAAUUCUCCGACGAUUCCUUCGCGGAAUUACAGAACGUAGCAAGGAAGCAACUUUCAGAAGCAAGUUCGAAGGAAAACAUGCUUUAUAGAACGAAUUCGAGCUGAUUUGGAUUUUCUUUUCUGAAAUUUUGCUUUCUUGCUCAGUUCCGUCUACAUUUCGACUUCGACAAACGAAAGGUGAUUUUUUUAAUUCAAGAUUUUGUGGCGCUCGGACAAAUCGCGAAAGCUUCUGUUAUAUAUUAGAGCUUUGAAAAUCCAUAAAAUUUAUUUUCUCAAGGCUUCGAAGAAUUCGCGAAUGUAAGAGCGUCAAAAUUUCAGUUUAGGUGAAAUAUUUCCUCUAGUUUUUUAUUUUUCAGAGGACAUGCACGACGAAAAGACGGAAUCGGUCAUCUACACUCUUCUUUCCGGCGUUAACAUGGCUUCUUUGUUUGGAUCGAAGAGUGAAGGCUUCGAGAAAACGCUUAAGGUAAUUUUCAAAGAAAAAUUGACUGAAUUAAUAAUUUUAACAUUUUAAAAUGACAUCGAAACAUCCAAAACGACGAUGACGACCAUUCCCAGUCGUAAUGUGAUUCAAUUCAAAAGAAAACUAGAACUUCGGACGGAUUUUGACGACCGAGAAAGCUUUUUAUUUUCUCGUUUUGGAUAUUUCAGUUUGAUUUUUUUUUUCGUUCUGAAAAGCUAUUGAAGAUUUCUGAGAUUGUUAUAUCUGUCUCGAGAGGGCUGUACCAUUUGUCGAAUGAUCUCUAUGUUGCAAAUAUGUCGAUUUCAACAAAAAUGUGGAUUUUUGCGAUUUACGGAUGCUAGAAUUCUGAAAACGCGUCGGGUAGUUUUCCUCCGACGUCAAAUUCAAAAAUUAUGUUGAUUGCUGCAAGGAUGUUGCUUCCAGAAGAGCCGUCUGCUGCCCUGCUUUUUGCGAUUCCAACUCGAUAUUAAAACCGGGCCGUUUACAGUGAUUUUGGGCUGUUCACUUGGCGAAAUUCUCCGACUAAAACAGCCCGAAAUAACUUCUAAACGGCGUAUUUUUGACGCGAAUUUCGAGUUGAAAUUGCAAAAAGCAGGGCAGCGGAGGGUACUCCUGGAAGCACCCUCCUUUCAGCAGUUAACAUAAUUCUUGAAGUUGACGUCGGGGGAAAAAUACCCGACGUGCUCCAAGAAUUCUGGAAUCCGUGGAUCCCAGAUGGCUGUCUUUUGCGGGAAACGUCUGGCGGACCCGAACGCGGGUUGCCAUAUUGAGAGCGAGGCCACUCGCCACUCGACCAAACGUCCCUGGUUGGCGAGGGGCAAUCGGUCCCACGUACCGUCGCUCGGUCCAGUGUUUGCUUGGGAGGAGAGUCUCGCCGUUUGAUCUCCCGACUGUAGUUUGGUUCGCGGCGCCAAAACAUUUCGUCAUCCUUUCACGGCCUUCUAUAGUCUGUUCAGAUUUUAAGUGUCAAGUCGGUGCUCAAGCUCCGCCCAUAAUGGCGCGACAAACCAAUCAGAGAGCGAGCCAUUCACAGAGUGUUUUUGAAAUGACGUCAUUGCACUUGACAUUAAAAAUCUGAACAGACUAUAGAACUUCUUUUUGCGUCAUUCUUUUCAAAUAUAAAUUGAUUUUCACAUUAUUUUAAUUCAAUAUCAAGCUUUCUCAGGGUGUCAUUGGAUUUUAUUAUUAGUUUAGGUGCUUUUAUUUUUUUGUUACAGCUAUACUUUAAUUACGACUUUUUGUUUGCUCAGGUCUCUAAUUCAUAUCGAAAUUUUAACAUUAAAAAGCAGUUUUCCUUAUAUUUGAUUACUGUAAGUGGUUUUGCCGCAUUCAACAAUUAUCACAGACUUGCACAGAAAGCAUCGUGAAUGACAAAAAUUGCUGGUCCUAAAAUUCUCUCACUGUUGUUUGGGUAUUUUUUUUCCCGUUAAAAAUUUCAAAAUGUUUUAUACAGUUACAUGUCAUGAACUGGCGCCUCUUUUCCAUAUUUAAAGCUAUGAAAACGUUCAACUUUUGCCCGUUGAAUAUUUCGAAAUAAUUUGUUUUUGAAUUUCAGAUAGCUCGGAAGGAAGUGCUCAGUGUUGCGACUUUGAAAACAAUCAGCCUGUCUUCUCAUGAAGUUCGAAGAAACUUCAAAUAUUUCAAAGAUUAGUUCCUAUUUUUAUUGUUUUCGAAUUGAUAUUGCAUUUUUCAGGGAGACACUUCUUCCAAAACGGAACUGGAUCUGAAAUCAAUGUGUUAGAAAACGAUCAAAGACAAUUUGAAAUCUAUCGCGAAUAGAACUUGACUCUUGAAUGUUGUUUUUUGGUUUGAUUGUGCCUGACAAAUUGACUUCUUUUCUAGCUCUGUAAUUUCUUCAACGUCGGAAAAAAAAAACGGUGAGCCAUUCAAAACUGUGCGCUAUUUAUUAAUUUGUGAUUUUCCAGAACACUAGGUAGACGUCUCCUUCAAGUCACAGAACUGGGCAAGGAGGCAGAAGCCAGGCACGAAAUAAACGGGAAAAUGACGCGAUUUUGA